AUGCUCUAUUACACAAGUCACAAUGACUUUCUGUGCCUCACGACCAACUCUUCUGGUUCCGCACGCCUGUUCUUCCUCGAGAGACAGCGUGACCCCUUCGGGAAUUUUGAUUGCCUGGGCUUCAAUCCCAGAAAAAUCACGCAGCGCGCACUAUGUGCCUUUCCCUCUAUGGAUCCGAUUGAUCGCGCCUCGUCGCGUCUGCGAGAGCAUGAUAUCACCUAUUUCUACCCCCUCCUGACUCCCCUUUCCCUCGUCGCUCCCGUCAUGGCUAAUACUCAGGGCUUCGAUGCAGUAAUGGCCGACAACGGAGCUCCCGUCCCCUCCGUGAGCGACCUCCUUCCGGACGAGGGCCAGUCGCCGCAGGCCAAAAAGAUAUGCACGGGGGAAACCUCGUCAUCUGCUCGACUUGCUCCAGUGCCCGUCAUGGACCCGACAGCCGACCCUGAAGCGGCUCCGGACCUCACCCUCAACGGAUUGGAGCCCAGUGCUGCGCCCGCUCCGGUGCUGCACGGUCCUUGCCGUCGGCUGCGGCGUAACCGCGACGUCGUCGGUGAGGUUGUACAUAACCUGGUACGCGACACGCAUACGCUGGUCACCAUAAUCUUCCUUGAUAACCUGGCUGAACAGCAUCGCAGCAAAAUCAUCGCUCGAGUUCGUACUGGCUUGCGUCCCGCCUUUUUUACACACUCUAACUGUGUGCCGUCGUUUGAGUCUUCGCCGGGAGAAGUUCUCCGCCUAUCCCGCCGCUCGUACGCGCGCCACGUGUUCCAACUCCCCACCCGGGACGACGCCAGGGGCUUUCGCAAGGCGUUCCCUCUGACCUACCACUACAACGGGGGUGCUGUGGAGCUGAAACUCUACGUGGACCCGGAACCAGACUUCACUGCGGCAAAGGCCCGUGGAGAAACCCACCUCGUGAUCCGGAAUGUUCCCUUCGGCUACUCAGUGAGCGGGGUCCGUCAGCUCCUCACGACGAGCCGCACGCCGGAGGCGCGGAAAUGGCUCUUCGACAUCCGGGCUUUUCACAAGGCCUAUGAUCCGUAUUAA